AUGGGCCGCGAGCUGAUCCAGCAUCCGCUCGAGCGCGCAGAUGGCUCUACAAUCUUCUCAGACGGGCUCUACACCGCCAUCGCUGCUGUCAACGGGCCCGUCGAGGUUCAGCGACGUGAUGAGCUGCCAGAAGAAGCUGCCGUUGAAGUAAAUUUGAGGCCGCUGUCAGGUGUUGGGGGACCACGCGAGCGGUGGCUCGAAAGUGUGCUACAGCCGCUAUUCAAGAGCAUCUUGCUCGUCCACAUGCAUCCUCGCACACUGAUUCAGAUCACGCUCCAGAUCACCAAAGAACCCAGCAUCAAGCUUCGACGAUCUGAUGCCGACAUCUCCAUCAUCCCGACUCUCAUCAAUGCCACGUUCGCUGCACUAGUCGAUGGUGCUCUCCCUCUUACAACGACAUUGAGUGCCGUGCUGGUAACGGUAGACAAAGCAGGACAAAUCAAAACGGCCCCCGAAGGGAAGGACAUCGCGCAAUGUGCGAGCAUACAUGCAAUGACAUUCAAUACGAAGAGCGAGCAGCUCCUCGAACAGUCGUCUGGCUCGUUUGAGCUCGAUACGUGGGAUGCGGUAGGAAGCUCAGCAAAGCGCGCCUGUGUCGCGGCCGUUGCAGCAUGCAGCGAGGAUCUUACAAUGAACGGCGAUGGUCAAACGGAGCCGUGGCUGAGGCAGGUACUGCACGAUCGUGCCAGGAAUGCGAACGCAUGGCGCGAUUCCAGCUGA